AUGUCCACUCAUGCAUUAGCAUCUUUGACCGCUACAUACACAGAUUCUGAACCAGAAGACGAAAAAGAUGCAUCUCCUUUUACUGAAGACAAAAAUUGUCCAGAUGAAAAAGAAAAAGAAAAUAGUUUACAACCAAACAUUAUACAAAAUUCUCAGUUGGAAGUAUCGAGCAAAGUCACUAAGCUAGUAUCAUAUCACGAUGACAAUGUCAUCUCCGAUGAAGAAGGCGAAUAUUUUUAUUAUAAAAACGAAGUUGAAGAUUCAGAAUCUGAACAUCAUGAAAAUUUUUUUGAUGGUAUGGAAUUACCUCCUGAACCUUCGGGAAAAUGUUCUCCUCAUUUAAUUGAAAAAGUAUUAAAACUCCAUGAGAAAAUAGAAAAUGGUUUAGAUAUGAACAAUAUGAUACAAAGUAGAAAAGAUUUCAGAAAUCCAAGCAUUUAUGAGAAAUUAAUACAGUUUUGUGGACUGAAUGAAUUAGGCACAAAUUAUCCUGCUAAUGUUUAUGAUCCCUUAAAAUGGGGAAAGGAAUCAUUUUACGAAGAGUUGGCUAAAACUCAAAAAAUUGAAAUGGAUAAAAGAGAAAAAGAAAAAAAAGAACGAACUAAGGUAGAAUUUAUAUCUGGUACUAAAAAAUCCAAUUCAUUAAAUGAUGAAGAAAUAAGGAAAAGAAAAUCUAAAUGGGAUCAAGUUGGUGCUUCUGCAGCAGGAAGUGUAACUCUUGGUUUGAUUGGUCCUGCUGGGUUAUUACAGCCAUCGUUAACCACAAAUGUUACUGGAACUAAGGGAACUGUGUAUUCCUUGAAAAAGCAUUUGAUUGGAUUGGUGUGCACAAAUUCGACUCUUCACAUUCAAAAGUGA